UACCAGUUAGAAUAUAUGAUGAAUGUUUCUUGUUUCUUCUCAGAAUUUAUAGGCACUGCAGUGCUUGUACUCAUUAUUCUUGCUACUAUUGAUCCAGGAAAUACACCACCUCCAAGUGGACUUUUCCCCACCAUCCUUUUCAUUGCAUUGCUUGGUAUAUCAGCCUCCCCAGGUAUGAAAAGUUUAUUCUUCAUGUUCAAUCCUGCUUGUGAUCUGGGUCCCAGAAUUGUCACAUCAAUGGUCGGUUAUGGGAGACAUAUCUAUACUUACUCAAAGUAA